UGACCAGAAAAGGUGGGCAGUCUGUUAAUCAGAGACAAGCUACUGGCCAUAUAUUUGUUGUGUAAACUGAGGCCCUGCAGGUUUGUCUAGCAAAGCCUUAGCCCUUUAGUGAGUUACAAAGGAUGUUUACAAGAAGGGUGGGGGGUCAUGAAGAGGCAUGUCUGACCUCCCUCCUCAUGGCAGGCAAUUCACUUUUAGGGUACCCCUUUGGCCAGGAGGGGGUUCACUCAGUCAGCUGGUGAGGAGAAGCCUUAAGAUAUUAUUUCAGUUCACAAUGUAUUCUUAGAAAAUGGCAGCUUCUUUCCUUCCUUCUCUGGGCCUCAGUUUCCCCAUCUAUAAACCCUGCUUGACAAACUCCUAGCGCUCUCCAUCCAGACCGGGCCCCACAGCUCAGAGUCCGGCCGCCAGGUGGGGACAGAACGCCUGCUUUGCGGGGAGGUGUCGCACAUGCGCGCUCCCAGGCGGCGCCCCGCCUUCCCACGCCCUGGACACGUCACUUCCGGCGCGAGGGGCCGGGCCUGGCCGGGCCGGGAGUGCGGGUCGGUUCUGUGCGCGCUGCCGGAGGAGGCUCCAGCCGCCGAUUGACCCGCGCUCCGCCCCGUAGCCGGGCCGGGAUCCUGGUAGCUCAUGUCAAAAGAAAGCGAUUCUCUGAGAACCAGCCCUUCUGUGGCCUCACUCUCUGAAAAUGAGCUGUCGCCACCCCCUGAGCCUCCCGGCUACGUGUGCUCGCUGACAGAAGAACUGGUCACCAAAGCCCGGGAGGAGCUGCAGGAGAAGCCAGAAUGGAGACUUCGGGACGUGCAGGCCCUUCGUGACAUGGUGCGGAAGGACUACCCGAACCUCAGCACGUCCCUCGACGACGCCUUCCUGCUGCGCUUCCUCCGAGCCCGCAAGUUUGAUUACGACCGCGCGCUGCAGCUCCUGGUCAACUACCACAGCUGCCGGAGAAGCUGGCCCGAAGUCUUCGAUAACCUGAAGCCGUCGGCCUUAAAAGAUGUCCUCGCUUCCGGGUUCCUCACCGUGCUGCCUCACACCGACCCCAGGGGCUGCCACGUCCUCUGCCUCCGCCCAGACAGAUGGAUACCGAGCAACUACCCAAUUACCGAAAACAUCCGAGCCAUAUACUUGACAUUAGAAAAACUCAUUCAGUCUGAAGAAACCCAGGUGAAUGGAAUUGUAAUUCUUGCGGACUACAAAGGAGUGAGCUUAUCAAAAGCAUCUCAUUUUGGCCCUUUUAUAGCCAAAAAGGUGAUUGGCAUCCUCCAGGACGGUUUCCCCAUUCGGAUAAAAGCAGUCCAUAUAGUGAAUGAACCUCGAAUAUUUAAAGGCAUUUUUGCCAUCAUAAAACCAUUUCUGAAGGAGAAAAUAGCAAACAGAUUCUUCCUCCACGGGUCUGACUUGAACUCUCUCCACACAAACCUUCCAAGAAGCAUUCUCCCCAAGGAGUAUGGGGGCACGGCGGGAGAGCUGGACACUGCCACCUGGAACGCAGUGCUGCUGGCCUCGGAGGACGACUUUGUCAAAGAGUUCUGCCAAGUGGCCCCUGCCUGCGACAGCACCCUGGGCCAGGCGCUGCUGCCUGAGGGACUGACUUCAGACGCGCAGUGUGAUGACUCCAUGCGAGGUGUGAAAUCACAGCUAUACUCCUGUUAUUAGGCAGUCCUCUGUGUCACCAUCUAUAAAUCCUUUUUUUUCUUUGGAGAGGCACAAGGAGAACUUAAGGUGCCAAGGAUUUGGUCUUGUGCCUUGUAAUGAAACUGCAGCAUGGAGGAACAGCCCUAGAAAUUUGAGAGUUAGUCCAUCUGGGUAACUUGAAUUUACUCCAUGGAAGACACAGAAAAUGUCCCAAGUGGUUCCCAAACAUUUGGAAUCCCACUUCGCAACUACUGAUCUGGAAGCU